AUGUCCCUCUGGUCCUCCUACAAAGGCUUGCCGCCGAAAACACGAGGCUUAAUAGGGAUCGCGCUCAUGGUCAAUGCUUCCGCCAUGUUGAUGUUCUCAGACCAGAUCGAAGGGAUGCUGGGAAUUGCUCCAAACACCCAGGAAGGACAAAAGCUGUUGAAGGUGUACCCAGUUGAACGGGAAAAAGACCAUUGA